CCACCAUCGAUCCUCUCCCACCGACCGCCAGACUGAGCCAGACUGACCAUUCGUCUUUUCCCAGCGAACACCAACCAUAGCCCACGACAGGGCCCACCCACGCCAGCAUACAUGGACGCAGCAGAUCAGCAAAGCGACUCACCACUUCUUCAACAGGAGCAACCAGACGGAAAGGCAAGUGGUUCCACUCUCAAAGCCGCACGUUCAUCAACGCCGGCCAGCAUCGCAGACGACGUCAAGGCAGCAACAGCCGAAGCAGGCGUCGCUUCCUCUGACGACGUCGAUACUACGCACAACCGGCGUGAUCGCAAAGACGCGUCGGCGUCUUCAACCACUGCUCGUCUCAGCCGCAUCUUCGAAGGCUGGACACUGCCUUCAGUCAUUCCCGCCACCAGCCCCACAACUACCCCAAGUGCACCACCUCCCGUCUCGGAGAAGUCAUCCAAGAGACUCUCAGUCAGCGAACCUCUCGAACUUGAUGCCCAUAGCCUAACAGACUACCAGCGGUCUCUAAGCAGAGCUCGCACAAGCAACGCCGACAGCCCGGCCGACUUUCAGGCCAAGAGCAGCCAAGAUGAUCUCGACAGACGCUUCGAAAUCCUCAUGGACGAUUUGGGAAUGAAGGGCACCAGUCGUGAUGCUAUGCUCAAACUUCCUGAAGAUCGCAAGUACUUCCUCGUGGCUCAGAAUGAAGCUGCAAAAAUCUCGACUUCGCAAGGCUCGGCUUCUCAAGCGAAGGACGUACACAUGACUACUACACACACCGACGAGGACAGUACCAGCUUGAUGGGCUCCGUCGGUCGAGCGCUGCAGAUCGGAUGGACCAACCGCUUCAGCGUCGCGAGCUGGCGUGGUGAAGUCAUGGAUGCAGAUUCAUCUCCAUCUGUGAGCAAUGCUGGACGUACGCUUCCGAGCAGGAAGGCGUCUGCAUCUUCGAUUUACGGCGAGUCACAUCCCCGCCACGUUGCGCACGGCGUUGUGCCUCAGAUGACCGGAUCCAGCGUCGCAAGCAAUUCCACCACCACUAGCCUUUGGUCCGGAUGGUGGGGAUCGGAAGGCUGGUCUGCUGACGGAGUCACUCUGACAGAGGAAGGGACUCCACUAGACAAAGGAAGUCCUCAGUAUUACGCCGUCAUGCUUCGCCGGUAUGUUCUUCAGUCUGCAUCCCGCAAGAACCUCGUCAAACACCUAAUAGCUCUACGAGUCACUCUUGCUUCGGCGAAAGUCUCCUGGAUAAGCAGCUUUGUCGAGGAGUCAGACGGUAUUGAUGCUCUCGAUCAAUUGCUUGCCAGGGAAACGGAGAAUCUUCUUCUGUCACAAGGUCGCAGUGCAGAUACCCAUUCCCCAGCAGCAGCUAUUCCGGGAAGUUGGAGAGGAUAUCAGCCAAGGUAUGAGCUGGGAGAUGCAGUCAUCGGAGAGUCGAUCAAGUGCCUACGAGGUGUCAUGAACACCGAGUUGGGUUUCGACUGUGUCCUCGCUCGACCAUCCCUCGUUGUCUCUCUUGCCUACUCGCUUCGUACAGACUCUCUCAAGCUGCGAUCUCAAGUCGCCGAUGUCUUGGCGGCCUUAUGCGUACUGAGUCUUGAAGACGGCCACCACUCUGUCCUUGCCGCGCUUUCGGAGCUUCGCAUUGCAACAGGCGAUCGGUACCGCUUCGACUUCCUGGUCGAUAGUCUACGACCGGUAGCGCAGACAACGGCCGACCCGGACAGCAUGUCAGUGUCCAGCUUCGAUGCAGAGGCCGACGAAGAAGGAGCACAGAGCCCUACGCUGGAGCCACAAGACGGAGAAGAAGCUGCACUAUGGGAGUACCGUAUCAGCGCAAUGGUCCUCGUCAAUGCAAUUGCCAACUGCCCAGAAGAGCUCGAGGAUCGAAUAGCACUCCGAGCUGAGUUCAGUCGCCGAGGUCUCAAUGAGGCGAUUGCCGGUCUGCGCUACCUAGAUCCUCCAGACGCUCUGCUCACGCAAUUGCAAAUUUACGCAGAGGAGAAGCAGGAGGAUCUUGAUGCCCUAGACGACGAGGGUGGGAACGGCAGCCAAGAUGGAGAAAACAUUGCCACCAGGCUCGGAGACAUCGGUACGCUUCUUCUCGAUGUCAUGGCCGAGCAUCCGGGUUUGUACCCGCAAAUGGAGUCGAUGAUCGAGCGCCUCGCUCACGUGAUGGGGAGAGACAUUGACUAUCAGCUGAAAAGUGACAUUCUGUACACUGUAGAGAAGCACCUUGAGCACUUUGCUGAUCUCACCAACUUUGAUGAUGAUUGGACAGGGUCGAUGGAAGCGUUCCUUUCCAGUAUUGAGCAUCUCGUAGGACGUCAAGCUGUCUUCAAGGGCGCUAGCGCCGCUUUGAAUGUUCCAGAGGACUCUGUGCAGCAACUGCAAUUGUUGAAAGAUCAGGUCAAGGCUCUGGACGACGAGCGGGCCAAGCUCAAAGAGGAGCUUCGCGCACAGGUCGACCAAGCCAAGUCGUCAGGAGAGCGAAGGGAUAGCUUCGGCAGCGUCUCUUCCUGCGCUUCAAGCACGCAGAUCGGCUCCGACAACGAUUCUUUCUCGAGCGUGAUCCAGCGUUUGGUUCAGAAGGAGAAGCAGGUCCUCAAGCUGCAAGCUGAGCUCGACAAUGCGACCAGAGGGGGCGUCUUCAAGGAAGGAGAGGAUCAGCGCACCAAGAUAGAGAAGCAAGAUCGCGGUCGCCAGUGGCCGAACUUGAUGGAGGAAAUUGCCCGCAACAAGACGCAGAUCAAGGAGUUGAAGAGCCAGCUGGAGCAGAGUCGCGGCGAGGUCGUUGGCUUCAAAAGAGCUGUCGAGACGGUCUUCAGCCGGCUUGAGGACGGCUCGACGCCUGUCAAUCUCCUACCUCUCGGGUUGCCGGAGCCUACCGUCGAUGUGAACAAUGUCGCAGGAGACAACCAAGAUGCGAAUGGUCUCACAACCGAGGCGAUGGUGCGACAAUCCCUAGAAGCUAUAGCGAAGAAGGACGACGAAGUCUCCUGCCUACGAACGGAAAUUGCCAAAUUGCAGACCCGAGCGCUCGAAGCCGCGGAGCAGCAGAGCAGACAGGAAGAUGAAGAGAAGCAGCGAUUACUGCUGGAGGUGAAGACGGCGCAAGAAGAGCGGGGGAGGCUCAUGAGAGAGAUGGAGGAGCUGCGAGAGCUUGUGUUGCAGCUGCAGGCUACAGCUGCCUCGCAUGGAACACAGUCAGGGUUGCUUUUUGCCGUUGGCAAGAUGGAUGAAGUGGCCAUCUCUGCCGGUGCGGGAGGACCAACGCCGCCGCCGCCGCCGCCGCCACCACCACCACCACCGCCGCCAUCACUACCAGCAGCAGCAGCGCCUCCCAAGCCCUCUUCGGCCCCACUGCUCGUUACAAAGCCCUCUCCUCCUGCUCCUCCUGCUCCUCCACCGCCGCCGCCGCCGCCGCCGCCGCCGCCUUCGCUCAUGGCGCCUAUCAAUGGAAGGAUAUCUUCGGGCGGGCCACCGCCACCACCACCCCCUCCGCCGCCUGCUCCCUCUGCCCCUUUCACCUCCUCUGUCGUGGAUCCUCCACCGCCUCCUCCACCUCCGCCUCCGCCUCCAGGUCUCAAGAAUAUCCCACCUGCUGCUGGAGGGCUGCCGCCGCCUCCGCCACCACCUCCACCCUUGGCCCCAGCCACCGGUCACCCUCGCGUCCGCCCGACAGGGCAGCCAGCAGCUUUGCCAGCAGUCAUUGUGUCGCACGUUCCUCCCAAAAAGCGUAGGGCCUUAUUCUGGAACAAAGUCACUCCACAAUCCCACGAAGCAAAUGUAUGGUCCAAGCUUCCAGCUGCACCUGUUAUCAAGAUCGCAGUCGAUGAGUUGGACGAGCUCUUUGCGAUGACGGACGUGAAGCCGAAAGACAACGCCAGCGCUGCUACUGCCGCUAAUGGGAAGACAGCUAAAGCCAAGAAGGUGACAACUCUGCUCAGCUUUGCACGUGCGCAGAACAUCUCCAUUGUGCUAGCAAGGGUCAGGAUGCCCUUACCGCAGAUACGUGCUGCUCUACUGCAAGUUGAGGAUGAGGACGAGAGCGAAGAUGGUGGAGUCAAGCUGACGACGGACAACCUGCGGGCUCUCAAGCAAUGUCUGCCGACUGCAGAAGAGGCCGAGCUCUUCCGAGAGUACACUGGUGACGUCUCUCAGCUUUCAAAGGCUGAUCAAUUCUUCAAGGAGAUGCUGGGCGUUCCACGAGUCCAGCAGCGAUUGAAUUGUGUGCUCUACAUGCGUACAUUCGAGCUGGAUAUUGAAGAGCUCAAGCCCGAUCUCAAGACUCUCAAGGAAGCCAGCAGAGAGCUGAAGCGUUGCGAGAAGCUACGCAAUAUCCUCCAGACCGUCUUGACCAUCGGAAAUAUUCUCAAUGCGAGCACAUUCAGAGGUGCGGCUACUGGCUUUCAGCUCGGGGAUUUGCUCAAGCUUAAGGAUACCAAGCCUGCCCAAUCUUCUCCUGGCACCCCAUCGCUGCUGCAUUUCUUGGUGAGGGUACUGAAUAAGGCCGACAAGUCCCUGGUGGGCUUCCUGGACGAGUGCUCUCACGUUGAGGCAGCCGCUCGUCUCUCCACCCCAACCAUCUCCGGCACGGUCCAAACGCUCAUGACCGGCUUCCAAUCCCUCACGCAAGAGUCCGAGAUCAUCCGAAAGGCUCGCAUCACCACCAGUCAGGACACCUUUCUCCAGACAAUGGAGAACUUCACCUCCAAGAAUGACAUUCAGAUUCAAGGUCUCCAAAAGGCCAGCGAAAGCGUCUCGAAAAGUAUCACUGCCAUUGUCUCCUUUUACGGCGAAGAUCCGAGCGCGGUCAAGCCCGAAGAAUUCUUUGGUCUCGUCUCGGAAUUUGGACAGAUGCUCAUGAGGGCUGAAGUGGACGUGUUGACGUACGAUAAGAAGAUGGCAGCGGAGCAGAAGCGGAAAGAUGCCACUGCUGUUGCCGCUGCUAUGGCCAAGACGAAGAGCCCUACAGGCGCAUCUGUCGCCAAGAAGACGUCUUCUACCGUAAAAUGGUCAGCACAACCGCCCAGCCGUGGGUCCAAGAUACAGAAGACACCCUUGGGCGAGCGCUCCUCUUCAAAGAUCGACAAGGACCUCACCCCUACCGAGUCCCGUCUGCCGUCACUCAAGAGCCAAAAGGCCUCCACUCCAGGAAUUGGAACAGGAACAGGCAGCACCAUGACCGGCUCGCGCUUCCGAUCCUGGGGCGCAUCAGCCCUCGCCACUCUCGCCUCUUCCGGGGAGGAAGAGGAAGGGAUUGUUCGCUCCCCCGACCUCCCCUCUGGAUCUGCAUCUCGAGCUGGAGCUGGAGCUGGACGUACCCCUAUGCAAGACGCCACUCCCUCUUCUUUCCGCCGCACUCUGGGUAGGAGAAGAGGAGGGUUCGAUGAGGCAAUCAAGGAGCUGCGCAGUGGUCUUCCCUCUUCCGCCAUCGCGAGCAGCGGCGGCGGCGGCGGCGGCGGCGGUGGGGGGCUGGGAGGUCUGGGAGGGAUGAGCUUGGGAUCUGGCAGUCGACUUGGCGUUAGCUCUCGAAUUGCUCGUGGUGGUGGGGGACUCGGUGCUCUCUUCAGUGAUGAGGGAACAGCCAGCGGCGGUGGCGGCGGUGGGAGCGGCGGUGGAUAUGGCCAUGGCCAUGUUCGAGAUAGCAGCACAGAGACUGUCAUGCAGGGCAGUAUCAGUGGUCGCAAGAGUCUGAGGAUCAAAGAGGGCGGGGCGACUGGAAAUGGGAGUGGGAGUAGCUUCUAUCAGAAGCCAUUAAGUCGGAUCUUUCUUACUGGUGGAGAUUGA